GCUCUCUCAGAGAGAGAGUGGAAGAGAGAUCUCAGAUAAUCAGACUAAGAUUUCCUCAUUUGCCAUUAAUCAAGAAACAGCUAAACAAGAGAUAAAAAAAGAGAGAGAAGAAGAAAAUCAGAGAAAUUGGGCUCUUCAUUUGUUUGUUAUGAGAGAGAAUAAGUGACUACACGAAUGAUAUGAUCUGCAGUGGCUUUAUCUGCAUUUCUUGCAGUGAGAUUUGCUAUGGGGAAGAGGGCUUCUCUCUGCUUUGCUGUUUCUCUCCUUGCUCUCUUGAACUCAAGCUUCGUGCUUUGCCACCCCAGAGAUCCUUUCAAGUCCAUCUUAGGGGAAGAAAAUAUGGGGUCAUGGAAGGAUCAGAUGUUGAGCUCUAAUGGCGAAGCUCCGGGGCCGGCCAGUGAUGUGAGCACGCUUGUGUUGGCAGCCAACAGGACGAAGAGGCCCGACAUUCUUGCUAGGUUUCAUAGAUAUAGAGGUGGAUGGGAUAUUGCCAACAAACAUUACUGGACUUCCGUUGGAUUUACAGGUGCUGCGGCCUUUAGUCUUGCUAUUUUAUGGUUCUUUUCUUUCGGUGUGGCUCUUCUGGUGCACUACUCGUGCGGAUGGAAGAUAAAAAUCACAGGAAAUGAAGCAAGCUGGUCACUCAGGAUAUGCCUUUUGCUUCUCAUUCUCUUCACUUCUGCUGCAGCCAUUGGGUGCAUUCUGCUUUCAGUGGGGCAAGUCGACUUUCAUGGGGAAGCAAUGGAUACUCUGAAUUACGUCGUGAAUCAAUCAGAGUUCACAGUAGACACGCUUAGAAACGUCACAGAAUACUUAUCACUAGCGAAAACCGUCAACGUGGCCCAGAUUUUCCUUCCAUCAGACAUCGGGAAUGACAUUGAUCAGUUAAAUGUACAACUGAACUCUGCAGCAGACACAUUGGAGCUGAAGACUAACGAAAACUCAAGCAAAAUACGCAUAGUCUUCAGCAAAGUGAAGUCUGCACUGAUCACCAUUGCUGCAGUGAUGCUCGUCGUAUCACUUUUAGGCCUCGCGUUGUCUAUCUUCGGCCAUCAGCAUGUGAUACAUAUAUUCAUUAUCAGUGGAUGGCUACUUGUUGCUGUUACAUUCAUCCUUUGCGGGGUUUUCAUUAUUCUCGAUAACGCGAUUGCUGACACGUGUUUGGCAAUGGGAGAGUGGGUCGAGAAUCCUCACGCAGAAACAGCCCUCAGCAACAUCUUGCCUUGCGUCGACCAGAGGACUACGAAUCAAACCCUUUACAAGAGCAAGCAAGUUAUCAAUGAUAUCUCAAAUAUGGUUAAUGGCUUCGUGGGCUCGGUUGCCAACUCGAACCCUCCUCCCCAGGCUGGUUCGAGUUACUACAACCAAUCCGGCCCGGUCAUACCGCCUCUCUGCUACCCCUACGACGCCCAGCUGCAGGAACGGAUAUGUUCGGACGGGGAACUCUCCAUGGAAAAUGCUUCCACGGUGUGGCAGACUUAUACGUGCAACGUAUCCUCGUUCGGCCUCUGCACCAGCGUCGGGAGGCUGACUCCGGCCAUGUACACGGAGCUAUUGACCGCAUUGAACGUGAGCUACGCCCUCGAGCAUUAUGCUCCGGUGCUGCUGAAUCUCCAAAAUUGCAACUUCGUGCGGGACACCUUCCGCAACAUUACCUCGAGCUACUGCCCCCCUCUCGACCGCUACCUCCGCGUCGUGAACGCCGGGCUAGGGCUGAUCUCGGUCGGCGUGAUGCUCAGCCUCGCCCUGUGGAUACUCUAUGCGAACCGCCCCCAAAGGGUGGAGGUGUUUGCAAAGCUCUCUUCGCGGAUACGCCGCGGCUGUGGAAGCGGGGAUGGCGUACUUUCCGCCGGAGCGACGCCGCGGCAUGGAGCUUAGGGUUGGGAUCUGUAGAAACUAGUCUUGUUUUAGGCCGAAUUUGGAAUGGGGCGAAGCACCAUUUCAGGUUACGUGCUGAUAGAUGUUGUAUCACUCUCACUAUCAUAUCAUAUCUUAUUAGUUCAAGCAAAUCAUUAUUCUCCA